AUGGACACAGUAAACAACAUCGCAUCUGCCGCAUCGCGAGCUAUCUGGGGAGAGGGACAAGAUCCUGACAAUCUAAACACCACUACUACAACCAGACCUUCAGGACAGGAGCCAGUUGCUGGGGAGCUUGGUGAUGUGAAGCAUGGUGAGCCAUACGAUAAGGGAAACAUGGGUAAGUGCUGCAAAUCAGAAUAUUCGUGGCUUGAUCUGACGAGAAUUGGAUACAGAAAACAGCUCGGUUCCUAGAACAAUCCCUGAGCCAAUGGUUCCGAGCACUGUUGCUUCAAACACCACUGCUGGUCCUCACGAUGUAUGUUUAUCAACCACCGAUAUUUCGAGUAUUUGCUGACUUUUCAGUCCAAUGUAGCCAACAAAGCAGACCCUCGUGUCGACAGUGAUCUCGAUGGAUCGAAGAAACUCGGCACAACUGGCUCAAACCCAGCACUUACCAACACCAGCGGCUCCCAUACCCCUUCUUCAUCUAGCCAUCCUCUAGAUACCAAAACCCCUACCACAAACACCUCCGAAAUCCCAGGCAAUACACCAGCCACACAACCUAUGCGACCAAAACAUGAAACAGAUAAAGCUGGAGUCACAUCUGCACACCAACCUACAUCAGCCACAUCCACCACCAAACCAACAUCCUCAAACGACACCGCAGGCACUGGCCCAACACCAUCCGUCAGCGCUGCUCCUGCUCCAACCCACGAUACCAGCGCAUCUCACCCCUCAAACAUCGAGCAAGGUUCGCUCAAUCCUAAGGAUACCCUUUCAUCUACACAAAAGGAUGCCAUCAAGGACACCAAGCGCGACAUCGAGACAUCAGCCAAGCACACCGGCGGUGCCCCAGAAUACCACACCGGCAAUGGAAAGUACACCGAGGAAGAAGGAACACCAGGCGGCAUGCCCGACACCAUCAAGAAAAGCCUGAAAGCGCACGAAAGCCAAGGCGAAGGAACGGGCGAGAAAUACGUCAAGAGCUCCGGUAUGAAUGCCGAGGGAGGAGAUUUCGAUGCCGCCAACCCUGGUGCGGGUCGUGAAGCUGAUAGUAAGUGUCUCCUGUCUUGUGAGAGACGAAAGUCGGGAAAAGACAGUACUAACGAUACAGAAACAGGACUGCUUGCUGAGAAGGGUGUCCAUCAUGAACCUGCUGUGAAGAAGACAACCGAGAACUCGCAAACGUUGAAGGAUACGCAUACGUCCAAGGAGUCGAGUGGUAGUGGGGAGAAGGGGAAGGUUAGCUUGGGGGAGAAGAUUAAGGAUAAGUUGCAUAUUCAUAAGCACUAG